GAAAUCAACCUGUCCUUUGGGCCAUACCAAAAUCAAACUUACAGUUUUUGGCAAGAAAGAUUUGCGACAAAUGACACACCAUGCUUGUCAAACUCAUUGGUCACACUAACUAAUAUGGUCAACUGACGCGUCCGAACUGUCAAGGCCCUAUCCCAUGCGUGACGAUAUCGGAAUGCAUAAUUAGCCGACUUCAUAUCAACAUUUGAUCUCACACACAGCCUGCCCUGAGGAAGACCUGCCCACGGUUCUGUAAUCAGGUCCAUCUAACUGAUAUAUAUAUAUAGAAAGGAGCGCCAGUGGUGUAAUUGUCGGAGAGACCAGGGCGGUGACACACUUUCACACUUUCUCAAAAUGCCUGGCGUUGGUUUCAAAGCACGUCUGUUAAUUCAUUUUUUGAGGCUAUCCAAGGAGUACAAGGCAUCCCUGAUAACGUCUCCGAUCGCGCUGCUUUUAUUUGUGAUCGGUUUUGCCACGCCAUACUGGGUGGCAGGGAGUUACAAGGUGGUUGUCGACAUUGAGGUUAAUUCUGGUCUCUGGGAAAAAUGUCUGGCGGGGAAUUGCUUCGCCCCUUCCAACGAAGAUUGGCUUGAUGCAUCUCGUGCCAUGGCAUGUUUAGGGUUAUUAUGUGCCAUAAUCACUGUGGUCCUUGCAGCUCUCUAUGUGUGUGUAUCACGAUUUGAUAAACCAGCCGUCCCAUUCGCACAAGGCGCUCUCCAUUUGGCUGCGGCACUCUUCGUCCUGAUCGGGGACAUCGUAUUUGCCGUGCACGCAGUGGACAAAGAUAUUAUGAUAUCGUGGUCCAUCAUCUUAACAAUGCUAAUGAUUGUUCUAGAGAUAGUCAGUGGCAUUCUUGUCAUUCUUCAUGCCCGUAAAAGUGACAGCGGACUACCAAGCCUCCCAUAAUUUGCAACUCCACCGCUACCUGCAUUGCUCAAAUAUUAUAGAUUAUGUAACUUCAGAUAUUCUAUAUGUGUCGGAGUCACGUCAAGUGAAGUCCAUAUAGUGCUGUUAUUAAAGUGUUGUUAUACCCGCAUAUCACAUGUUUGAAGUUGAGUAUUACAUAAGCUUUUUAUUUGGAAUGGAUUCCUGAAGGCUUACCACAAAAUAGUUUGCGUGUCAAAUAUGUCAUAGUCGUACCCGAGAACCAUGUGAAAAAUAAUUAUAGAAGAAUAAAGCUAGAGCGGUUACAUGUAUACUAGUAUGCUUCGUUAAAUAACUUUUUAUGCAAUAAAUUUGUGUAUAUACAUAUGUUCUAAUAAAGUGUAGAGACCAAACGUAAACUCAGUGUUGUGUACAGCUGGUCGAAACACGUGGCACAAUAAAUGUCACAAUUUGUACAUUGAAACUUAUUCUUUUUCAAUAAACCACAAA